UUGCGCUUGAAAAGAUGUCGGGGAACGCUGUCAUCAGAGUUUUACCUCAGUUAACCAGAACGUCAACGUUUCUACAGCCCAUUAAGACCAAGAAUGUGAAUAUAAGAAGACCAUUCACUGCCGAACUGCAAGGUAAAGGUCAGGUAAGACCACUAGAUGGCGUCAGAGUCUUAGAUCUGACAAGAGUACUGGCAGGACCUUUUGCCACUAUGAUAUUGGGAGAUUUGGGAGCAGAGGUGAUCAAAGUUGAACGACCAGGCUCAGGAGAUGACACAAGAGCAUGGGGACCUCCGUUUGUGGGUGAAGAGAGUGCCUAUUUUCUGAGUGUCAACAGAAAUAAAAAGAGCAUUGCUGUUAAUCUUAAAGAUCCAAACGGGACCAAGCUUGUAACAGAGUUUGCCAAAGUCUGUGAUGUUCUGGUGGAGAAUUACUUGCCUGGGAAACUGAAUGAGAUGGGACUUGGGUACGAGGAGUUGAGUGAAGUGGCCCCUCAGCUCAUCUAUUGCUCUAUCUCAGGAUAUGGACAGACAGGACCUGAAUCGCACAAGCCCGGCUAUGACUCCAUUGCGUCUGCAAUGUCUGGUAUGAUGCACAUUACCGGUCCGGAGGAUGGAGAACCGGUCAGGCCGGGUGUGGCUAUGACAGAUCUGGCUACUGGUUUGUACACUCAGGGAGCCAUCAUGGCUGCUUUGCUCCAGAGACAGAAAACAGGACGAGGCCUUCAUAUAGACUGCAAUCUGCUGUCCUCACAGGUUGCUUGUCUCACUCACAUUGCUGCCAACUACCUCAACGCUGGAAAAGAGGCCAGACGAUGGGGAACGGCCCAUGGGAGCAUUGUCCCUUAUCAGGGUUUCAGGACCAAAGAUGGAUACUUGAUUGUGGCAGCGGCUAAUGACCAACAAUUUAUGAAAGUGUGCAAAGUCCUGAGCUUGAACAGCCUGGCGGACAGCCCGAAAUACAAAAGCAACUCAUUAAGAGUUAAACAUCGCAAAGAGCUGCUGCAGAUUUUAUGUGAGAGGUUCAUGGAUGAGACGACCGGGGAAUGGCUAAGACGCUUCGAAGGGACAGGCAUCCCCUGUGGGCCUAUCAACAACAUUCAGCAGGUGUUCAGCAAUACACAGGUUGCACACAAUGGCCUUAUUUUGGAAAUGGACCACCCAACAUCAGGAAGGAUAGCUGUGCCAGGGCCUGCAGUGCGUUUUAGUAGUUUUGAAUUCGGCAAGGUAAUGCCUCCACCUGUGAUUGGCCAGCAUACGGUCCAGGUUCUCAGAGACACCCUGGGAUACAGCGACGAUGUUAUAAACCAACUUCUGGCUUCACGGGUUGUCACUCAGAAUGAGGUACAAUGAAAGACCUUUUAAUGGCUCAGGUCGUGGUAAAUACUUCUGAACAACCCUCCAGACAUCAGCCAGAGGUCCAGUGAAGAAAAACGAGUCCCUUUGACUCAGCCGUGAUAAUUUUGUGCUUAAUUUCAUUUGAAUGUCCACAAGAGAGGAAACUGCAAAUGCAAAAAUAAUGACAUAAUGACACAGUUUACACACAAGAGCAUCCUCUGCCAAAUGACCUGCUUUUACGCAUCAUCUGGACUUUAUGCUGUUUGUAAUAUAAACACAAAUGAUUUCACUGUUUGAGUGAUUAAUAGCCGCUCACAUUUACCCGAUUUUUAAUAACAAGCAGACAUGAACAGUAUAUAUAAGUUUAUAGGGAUAGUUCGGCCAAAAAUGAUAUUAAACUCAUGAUUUACUCACCCCCAA